UGACUCAGUCUGCAGUAGCUGAGGAAAACUCUCCCAAUGGCCCCAAAUGUCCAGUCUCCUUUAGGUUGUGCAUCUGUGUUGUCCAGCGGAGUUCUAGCAUGCUGGAAAGAACAGGGGAAAGGGCCUCCAGGAGCCAUCAAGGACAAACUAUCAACUUCGUUUCGGUCAGACUAUGAAGCCAGCCCUGAGCACAGUCCAGAAUUCUAUAGCAGCAAAGAGCCUUCCACUGUACAGAGCCCCAAGAAGAAGGGGCCCGUGUCCUCUGCUCUGAACUGCUUCUGCCUCAUGGGUCAGGUGACUACCAGAACAAGCCUCCUGGGCCUUUUCUGAGCUGCUGUUUUCUUUCUCUAAGUUCCUCCCCACUCCACCCCCUAUCAGUCCAAAGAACGACUCCACCCUGAAUUCUGCCCCAUCUCUGGUGCCUUAGGAGUUUGGUUUCCACCACUUGAUUGCUUAAUGUCGGUGCCCGCCCUGGAGGCAGAGAGGCCAUCAGUUCUGAGCGGUUUCCUGUGAGUUGGGCUGUGUGCUUUCUAAGUAUUUUGUGAUUGCUCUGGGCAAGGAGUGUACUCGCCAGCUUCUUAACAGCUCCAACCCUCCCUGUUUCAUUAUAGCUAAUCACUCUUUAGCCUGGGCUGCAGCUGUUUAAUCAGUCUGCUGCAGCUGGUGUGACGUCUGACGGUUGCUAGUCUCAGACUCCUCAGUCUUGCCAGAGGAAGGGAAAGUCAAUGAAGUAGACAAGAGACUUUUUUGUGGAGAUUCUCUGUUUUUCACAAGAAGAAGAAAGAUCCUACGACGCCUGAGCUAACCCUGACAAUCAGCCCACAUUAAGCUUACCAGGACAGGGGACCAUGGACAUCGCAGCAUAUUUUGAAAGGAUUGGAUAUGAGAACUCAGCGAAUAAACUGGACUUGGACACACUAACUGAAGUUCUUCAGCACCAGAUGCGAACAGUUCCUUUUGAGAAUCUUAGCAUGCAUUGUGGAGAAGCCAUGAAUUUGGACUUAGAGACCACAUUUGACCACAUAGUGAGGAAGAAGCGGGGCGGGUGGUGUCUCCAGGUUAAUCAUCUCCUGUACUGGGCUCUGACCGAAAUGGGCUUUGAAACCACAAUGUUGGGGGGCUACGUUUACAUAGUUCCAGUCAAUAAAUACAGCAAAGAAAUGAUUCACCUCCUAGUCCAGGUGACCAUCAGUGACAGGAACUACAUUGUUGAUGCGGCCUUUGGAGGCUCCUGCCAGAUGUGGGAGCCUCUGGAAUUAGCAUCAGGAAAGGAUCAGCCUCAGGUGCCUGCCAUCUUCCGUUUGACGGAAGAGAAUGGAACCUGGUACAUGGACCAAAUCAGAAGAGAGCAGUAUAUUCCAAACCAAAAAUUUGUUAACUCCGACCUCCUUGAGAAGAGCGAAUAUCGGAAAAUCUACUCUUUCACUCUGAAGCCACGCACUAUUGAGGACUUUGAAUAUGCAAAUACCUACCUCCAGACGUCAUCAACAUCUGUGUUUGUACACACUUCAUUUUGUUCUUUGCAGACUCCAGAAGGUGUUUGUUGUUUAAUAGGCUCUACCUUUGCAAGCAGGAAAUUCAGCUAUAAGGACAAUGUAGAUCUGGUGGAGUUUAAAAAUGUAAAUGAGGAAGAAAUAGAAGACGUACUGAAAGCUGCAUUUGGUGUUUCUUUGGAGAGAAAGCUUGUACCCAAAAAUGGUGACCUGUCUUUUACUAUUUAGGGUGAGGAGCAAAAUUGGGUUUCAUUACUAUUUCAUCUUCUUCAACAUUUGAAAUGUAUGCAGAUGUAUCCAAAACAGUCCUUAUAGGAUCAUCACUGAACUUGAUAUUGAUCAACUAAUGAUUUGUAUCUUUUAUUUCCUACAUUUUAUGAAAAGAAAUCUUAGCAGUCCUGUCAUUUUACCAUGAAAAAUAUAAUCAGUUAUAAUUAAAUAAAAUUUUAAUGAAUACAAU